CUAGGGACAGCCAUGGCGAUCUCGGGCAUGCGAUGGGGCGAUGAGGAGGACGACGUGCUGCCGCAGCGCACGGAGAGCGAGCCGGACUCGCAGGGCGUGCGUCAGAUCGUCGAGUGGAAGCUCAACGACGCCGGCGACAAGGUCAAGGUGACCAAGAAGAUCAAGAAGGUGACGGAGGUCGAGCGCGUGAGCAAGCGCGCGCUGGAGCGCAAGAAGUGGGCCAAGUUCGGCGACGCGCUGGACGACGGCGACGGAAGCAACGUCACGUACAUGUCGUACGAGGAGGUGAAGCUCGAGGACCCCAACGCCGACCAGGUGCUGCCCGGCGAGAAGAAGGAGGAGGAGAACAUCUUCGCCGGCGUCAAGAACUCGUCCAUCGUCGUGUGUCGCCACUGUGGCAUGGUGGGCGACCACUGGACGCUCAAGUGUCCGUACAAGGACACGCCCAAGGAGGAGCUGGAGCAGGACAUGGCCAAGCGCGCCGAGGCCGGCGAGAGCGCGGCCCCCGCGUCGGCUGCGGCUGCUUCGGGCGAGCCCGCGGCUCGUGGCUCCGCUCUGGACGGCGCCUUCGGCUCCAGCAAGUACGUGCCGCCUAGCCUGCGCGGCCGCGCCGGCGGUUCCGGUGGUGACGUCGGCGGCGGCGACAACUCGCGCGACGACAGCGCCACGCUGCGUGUCACCAACGUGUCGCCCGACACGCGCGAGGACGACCUCAAGGAGCUGUUCCGCGCCUUCGGCCCCGUGUCGCGCGUGUACCUGGCCAAGGACCGCGAGACGUUCCAGUCGCGCGGCUUCGCAUUCGUCAGCUUCGUGUACCGCGAGGACGCCGAGAAGGCCCUGAACAAGCUGCAGGGCUACGGCUACGACCACCUGAUCCUCAAGCUGGAGUGGGCCAAGCCCUCCAACAAGCCCGCCAACGAGGACGCCGGCAGCAUGGGCACCACCUUCCGCUCCGGAUACGGCAAGGCGCUGCCGCAGAACGUGGCGCCCCCUCCGCGCAAGUAG